AUGGCAAUGAGAAAGGUUGCAGUAUUUCUUAUAAUGAUGGUUACAAUUUGUGUUACUUGCAAUGCUGACUGCAAGUUAAAUGUGUCUGACCUGAUGACCUGCAAGGCCGCGGUGUCUCUCAGCAAUCCAACCAGCCCAUCUGCAGCGUGCUGCGCCAUUAUCAAGGGUCUUAAUGCUGAUGAUAUUCAGUGUUUAUGUACUUAUAAGACUAACCAGGGUGGUAUGUUGCGCGCUUUUGGGGUUGAUCCUAACCGUUGCACUGAACUUCCUGCUAGCUGUGGUCUUUCUCCAGUCAAGUGUUGA